AGUAAAGCGCUGGUUUGAGGAUGCUAUAGGGAAGAAUGAUAACAAAGUGACUAUGAUUUGCAAAACAUCGUACAAAAACGCUCUAUUUCUGCAGUUAGACUAUGGAUUAAAUCUGAAUUGCUAAUAUAUUCUUGAGGUUUUUUUUUUAGACGAAUGCAAGAGCUUUUAUUCUAAAAAUGUCGGGCCAGCAAUCACAAAGAAUGCGCAAAAAUGUUUCUCCCGGUGCUGCUACAAAGCAAGGCCCUAUUAGGGCUACAGUUCCAUUAUCUUUAAUGCAUCAAACUUGUAGUCCAACAAGAUGUUUGAAAAAUAGCCCUUCUAAUUCACCGCCAGUUAGUUGGUCAAACGAUGGAACUAAAGUGAAAAGGCUAUCUCCGGACAACAGGAUAUCGCCUGAAACACAAUCCCCUUCUCCAUCGGGAUAUAGAGCUGACAAGUCGAAAGCGUUGACAAAGGCUGUGAGCUCCGCCCCUUUCAUCCGGAGGACUGCGUCUGUAGACACUAUAUACCUCUUAGGACAAUGGCAGAGGGAUACUCUGUAUCUUAGCUAUUGUGGACGCCUCAUGAUGGACAGGGCUACUCAAACUCCUGAAGAAUUUGAAGAAACAGACAGAAGGUUAUCUCAGAAAAAAAGUUCUGCUGCCUCUGGAGAAACGUUAGAAAUGAAAUACAUCCGCCAGCGCCUGCAGAGGACCAAUCGGCUGACGGGUGCCCCGAGCUCCCACCAGAGACAGAGUCCCGUCCAGGGGGACCACUCCGCCAUAUCAUCAUCGUCCGCUGCCGGUGCCACGUCUCCCACGAUUCUGCCGUCCAUCUCUUCCCCUCACCACCCCGCCACCUUCUCUUCCGCAGGGGGGAGGGCCCUGCCCAUCCCCAUCCCAGACAUUCCCAAGCCCCUGAUCCCCAGGAUGAGGAGCAGUGUGGAGGGCCUCAACCAGGAAAUAGAAAGAAUAGUUUUAAGAGAGAUAUCUCAUGCUGAUGGCAAUGAUAAUACAAGGACACUUGAGCCAACUCCAGAAGGUCAUCGAGCUCCCAUUGCGGAUCUUUUUCGUAACACUCAAAGUGUGGACACCCAAACGCCUUUUGAUCGCGGUGACAGUUGUCACAGCAGCAACAGUUCCAACAGUGGCAGCCACUCUGUCUCUCCUGUAGUACCAAUAAUACCGGGACAAAUGGACAACUCUAGGCCAUCUAGUACAGAAGAAAGUAAAGAUAGUACGUCUCCAGAUUUAGAAGGUUCUAGUAAAUUAGCUACUAGUCCGCAUAUUAAUAAAUUUUUGGCUCGUGAACCUCCUGAUGGGUGUGAAAAAGUCAAAAUAGCUGAAGAAACUAGGAAUUCUAUUGGUGCUGGAAAACCCAAAGAAUAUAGUUGUCCUAAACCCAGCAUGAAUUUUGUCCUACUGCCCAGUCAGAGUUCAGCCUUUUAUCCUCUGUGUAAGAACUGUGUUCUUUCCGCUCCCAAUGGAGAUAUUGUUAAUCCUGAAACUCCCUCUGCUACUAGUAAAAGACUUCAAUAAAUUUUUAAAAAAAGUAAACGAUACAUAAUUAAUGGGAAAAAAAUACCAUCCACCGUACCUCUCUCUUCAC